AUGACACCGCCGGCGACAGCACCUCCAGUAUCCGGCGCGUUAACGGACGUGAAAAAUAGAAAGGAGAGCAAGAUCAGCCUGUCCCGCUUAUCCCAUAGACUUCGUGAAAAGUUUUCGCGCGAAUCUCGACUGACAAAAAGACCUUUGUCGAGUAUCUCCACGAUUGAAGUAGAAAAUGGUGAAGAAGUUGGGAGCUCCGGCGACGUAGUAAGUGCCUCGACAAGUAUCCUCGCAAAUAUAGCCGCUAGUGACGGCGGCUAUGAUAGCGAUGCCCGUAAUAUCCUAACACCGCAAAUUGUUGCGCAGCUAGCAGCUGGGCCACACGGUACCAGCUCAAAUCGGCCUCACCGUAUACUUGACCCGGUUGAAGAUGAAUGGGAAGCAUCUCAAGCGUCGCAUCAACUGGGUUACGAUGGCACCGCCCAAGGAUCCUCUGACCUGAGAUUGUCAGUUUCUUCCUUCGAAGAUGCAGCCACACCAAGAUACUCUGAGCAGAUUUUUCCACCUCUGGGCGAUACUAUCGAGCGCGACAUAGGGAGCGGCGAGCCGGACGUACAUAGUCGUGAGGCUGAAAUCCCAGAGUUCUCAACCCCAACUCGAACAUCGAACUUUGCUGGCGAAGAUAACGAUCACGCUUCGCUCAAGGUUGUAGACAGAACUACCAUUCUAGCCUGGCCGUUUGAAACCCUAAAGGAGAACGAGUCGCCAUGCAGUGGUAAACUAUCAACGAGCAUGAGGGGAGCUUUACCAAACGGUCAACACACCAAAAGAAGCAUUAGUUUUUUGAACGGUGAGCCUCAGAAUAUUUAUGCAUCAUUGAGCAAUCAAGAGGAUCCUCUGGUGGAAGGCGUCAAAGGGAGGCCAGAAUAUAAGAAUCCUCGUCUAGGCAUGGAUUUCAACCUGACAGAACUUGAAGAGUCCGGGAGCAAGUACUCAACUGACAAUGGCGAUUCGUGUGAAGGGGGCCAAAUUCCAAAAGCUUCCUCAUCCCCUGAACUACACAUCCCUCGGGUUCGUCCGCGUCAGUCUACUAUUCAAUUAGAGCAAGAAGAGCUUCCAAACCAAACGAAAACUUCCGCAAAUCUCAUUCAAAGUCGGUUCAUCGAGAAUCUCGAAGACGUUUUCGUCGAUAACUGUAAUGACACUCGCGACACGAACAACGACCCGCUUAGGGUCGAAACGAGGAAAACCAGCCAAGGUUGGUUGUCGGGGGGAAAAAGGGUCGGAUAUAACUAUGAUUUUGUGCUCGGCCAUAACUCUCCCCCACAGAUCCAGGGCGACUCCACGAAUUCAUAUGGUCCGCCAGACAUAAAAGCGAGUGAGGCUCGAGAAGAAGACCUCAAAAAAGAAACUAAAUUGGAUACAGCUUCGAUCGGGUUUCAGGAACCUGCAGAUACGGGCUUGCAACGCUCAGACAGGAAAAGUCAUGGGCUAUUUCCACGCUUUAGCGAUUUCAUGAAAAGCAGGAGGAGGCAUUUAUCAAGCAGUGAAUCCGCUCUGACGGACGCGAUGUUAUGUGAGGCUCGGGGUUCCAACCUUCAUAUGCCGCCCGAUGAGAAUGACAGUACGACUUGUAAUGGUAAAAAUAGGCAAUUCUUGGGGAAAUGGAAAAGGCGGUCCAUUUCUGAUAACACCGGCCGCCAGUCCUCAAUGCGCAAAUCACGCCACGAUAAAAAACCGGUCCAUCCAGAAGAAAACGGAUCGAGGAUGGUGACACACCAAACCGAUACUGGCACCUCUGAACACUCGCAGGCGGAUUCGGAUAUUGGCAAAUGA